AUGUCAGAACUCCGUCAGCGACAAACAGCUGCAAAGUCCGAAAAGGCCGAGUCGCCACGGCGCAGACCAUCCAACAAUGACGACGACGAAGAGCACGGAAUCAGCUUGCUGGACAUGAUUCGGGUCAUUGUGACCGUGAUCGUGGCCUCGUGCGGUCUCUCCUACUACAUGACCUCGACCGAGUCCAUGCUAUGGGGAUAUAGGCCGUGGUUUACCCGGUGGCCAGUGGUGAAGCAGUGGGUGAAUGGCCCAGUAAAUCUCACGCCAGCCCAACUGUCCCUCUACAAUGGCACAGACGCUACCUUGCCCCUAUACGUCGCCGUGAACAGUACCAUCUACGACGUUUCCGAGAACCGAAUGAUCUAUGGCCCGGGUGGGAGCUACAAUUUCUUUGCUGGGCGGGAUGCCACACGCGCCUUUGUCACAGGCUGCUUCAAGGACGAUCUUACGCCGGAUAUUCGCGGGGUUGAGACUAUGUUCGUGCCAGUCGAUGAUGUCGUUGACGAGGCUAUUACAUCUGCGCAGAAGAAAAUCCGUCGGGAAAAGGAACUACGAGACGCCAAGGCAAAGGUCGAGGCGACUGUCCAGAGGUGGCAGGAUUUCUUUGCGACGCAUAAAAAGUAUUUCGAGGUCGGAAGUGUGGUGAACGGAACUGUCGAAGGGGAGGAGUGGCCGCUCUGUCCAAGUGCCGAGAAACAGCGACCGAAGAGAAGUGCGAUGAAGGACCAGUCGUAG